AUGGCCAGCGGUAGACCUCCCGGGUCGCAUCAACCUGCUGGCCGCGAUGAAGACCUACUCAUUGACGCGGGCCCGACUUACAAUUCCGGUCAGCCCCCGCCAGUGAACGACGAAUACCUAUUGCAAAGGUUCAACAUCGACGAUUCUGAUGAACCCCACGCGCCGCCGCGCCCUUCCGUAUCCUACGACCAAUUCGUCGGUAGCCAAUCUCGACAGGCUGGAGCUCAUCAAUAUGCGACACCUGGUCCGGCGCAUGCGGUACCCCUCGGCGCUCACCCAAACGACCCCUACUCCGAUGAUUACUUGAAUCGUACCUACUCGCAGACGUCCGGGCUCGAGAACUAUAAUCGCUACUCUUUUGACGAACUUGAGGACUCACACUCCGGAUUCUACGACCUCGAUGCAGAUGACGACCGUAUGGGAAACGUGCACCAUGCUCGGAAAGCGAAUGAGCGAAAUAGUAUUCUGGGGUUGGGCGGCGGGUUCAUGGGUAAGGCCAAAUACAUGUUCGGCAUGGGCCCGCACGAAUACUCUGAAAUGGAUCUUCCUUUGACAGAGGCUGGCGCGAGGAGAGCUACAGUGGAUAGCACCGAUGCGCCGGCGGCUUCCAAACAGCGCAAGAAGUCCAGCGGGUCUGGUCUGAAGUCCAUCUUUGGGCGAGGCAAGGCCGAUCCCUCUACUAUGGGCCCUCGUAUGAUUCAGAUCAACAACCCGCCCGCUAACGCGUCGCAUAAGUUCGUCAGCAACUAUGUGUCCACCGCCAAGUACAACAUAAUCACCUUCAUCCCUAAAUUCCUCUUCGAACAAUUUUCCAAAUAUGCCAACCUGUUCUUCUUGCUCACCGCUGUUCUUCAACAAAUUCCCAAUGUAUCCCCGACGAGCAGAUAUACGACGAUCGUUCCGCUCGCCAUCGUGUUGGCAGUCUCGGCCAUCAAAGAGUUGGUAGAGGACUACAAGCGACGUAUGUCUGACAGGGGGUUGAACAACUCGAAAACGCUUGUUCUCCAGGGCUCUUCAUUCCACGAAUCGAAGUGGAUUGACGUUGCAGUAGGCGACGUGGUUCGAGUCGAGUCAGAAGAGCCAUUCCCAGCGGACAUGGUUCUCUUGGCAUCAUCUGAGCCCGAAGGUCUCUGCUACAUCGAAACCGCGAACUUGGACGGGGAGACGAACUUAAAGAUCAAACAAGCCAUUCCCGAAUCUGCGCAUUUGGUUAGUCCCAGUGACCUGAGCCGUCUGAGCGGACGUAUCCGAUCCGAGCAACCCAACAGCAGUCUGUAUACCUACGAGGCGACAAUGACUAUGAAUGCUGGUGGUGGUGAGAAGGAAUUGGCCCUCGCACCUGAUCAGCUUCUGCUGCGUGGUGCAACUUUGCGAAACACCCCUUGGGUUCACGGUAUUGUCGUCUUCACAGGUCACGAAACCAAAUUGAUGCGAAAUGCGACGGCGACGCCUAUCAAGCGGACCGCUGUGGAACGGAUGGUCAAUAUUCAAAUUUUGAUGCUCGUUGGUAUUCUGAUUGCUCUAAGUGUGAUCAGUUCUGUCGGCGAUCUCAUCGUUCGUCAAACUGCAGGUAAUAAGCUGGCUUACCUCGAUUACGGAACUGUCCAACCUGUCAAGCAAUUCUUCAUGGAUCUUUUCACCUAUUGGGUUCUUUACUCUAACCUGGUUCCGAUCUCACUCUUCGUCACCAUUGAGAUUGUCAAAUACUUCCAGGCAUUCCUUAUCAACUCCGACCUGGAUAUCUACUACGAUAAAACUGACACCCCUGCCACCUGCCGAACAUCCUCAUUGGUCGAGGAGCUAGGUCAGAUCGAGUACAUUUUCUCCGAUAAGACAGGCACUCUCACUUGCAAUCAAAUGGAGUUCAAGCAGUGUACCAUUGCCGGCAUCCAAUAUGGUGACGACGUCCCUGAAGAUCGCCGAGCCACCGGGGAUGACAAUGAUGAAUUUGGUGUCUACGAUUUCAAGACCUUAAGACAAAACAUGCAAUCGCACCCGUCUCAGAACGCUAUCCAACAAUUCUUGACUCUGCUGGCUACCUGUCACACUGUCAUUCCUGAACGCAAUGCAAAUGAUCCGACCCAGAUAAAAUACCAGGCCGCCUCGCCUGACGAGGGCGCCUUGGUAGACGGUGCCGCCCAGCUGGGAUAUCGUUUCACCAAUCGAAAACCCCGGUCUGUUAUUUUUGAGGCUAAUGGGCAGAGUACGAUUUGCGAGUUCAACUCAACUCGUAAGCGAAUGUCGACAAUUUUCAGGUGCCCGGACGGAAAGAUUCGGGUUUACUGUAAGGGUGCGGAUACGGUUAUCCUCGAAAGAUUACACCCUGACAACCCGACCGUGGAGACUACGCUCCAGCACCUUGAGGAGUACGCCUCCGACGGCCUCCGAACAUUGUGUCUGGCAAUGCGCGAGGUCCCCGAAACCGAGUUCCAGCAGUGGUGGCAGGUUUUCGAGAAGGCCAACACUACAGUCAGCGGCAACCGUGCCGAUGAGCUUGACAAAGCUGCUGAGCUGAUUGAAAAGGACUUCUAUCUUCUUGGUGCUACCGCGAUUGAGGAUCGUUUGCAGGAUGGUGUCCCCGAUACUAUCCACACUCUUCAAACAGCUGGUAUCAAGAUCUGGGUAUUGACUGGUGAUCGACAGGAAACAGCCAUCAACAUUGGCAUGUCCUGCAAACUCAUCUCCGAGGACAUGACGCUGCUCAUCAUCAACGAAGAGUCAUCGGAGGCCACCCGCGCCAGUUUGCAGAAGAAAAUGGAUGCUGUCAAGAGCCAAGCUGGUUCUGGAGAAAUUGAAGCCUUAGCAUUGAUCAUUGAUGGAAAAUCCCUCACCUUUGCGUUGGAGAAGGAUAUGGAAAAGCUGUUUCUGGACCUGGCUGUUCAGUGCAAGGCUGUUGUCUGCUGUCGUGUGUCUCCUCUCCAGAAGGCGUUGGUCGUCAAGCUUGUUAAGAGGCACAUGAAAUCUUUGCUUUUAGCUAUUGGUGAUGGUGCGAACGAUGUGUCUAUGAUCCAAGCUGCUCACGUUGGUGUGGGUAUCAGUGGUAUGGAGGGUCUCCAGGCCGCUCGAUCUGCCGACGUGGCUAUCGGCCAAUUCCGCUUCCUCCGGAAACUUCUCUUGGUGCACGGUGCUUGGAGUUAUUCCCGCAUCAGUCGAGUCAUUCUGUACUCCUACUAUAAGAACAUUACGUUGUACAUGACACAGUUCUGGUAUUCUUUCCAAAAUGCUUUCUCUGGAGAAGUCAUUUAUGAAUCCUGGACUCUCUCCUUCUACAAUGUGCUCUUUACUGUCUUGCCUCCAUUCGCCAUGGGCAUUUUUGAUCAGUACAUCUCGGCUCGGAUGCUUGACCGCUAUCCUCAGCUAUAUCAACUUGGCCAGAAGGGUGUUUUCUUCAAGACACACAGCUUUUGGGCCUGGGUUCUGAACGGUUUCUUCCAUUCUCUGAUCCUCUAUCUCGUCUCCGAGCUCAUUUUCUUCUGGGACCUGCCCAUGGGCGACGGCAAGACUGCCGGUCAUUGGGCACUUUACACUGCUGUCCUAGCCACAGUCCUCGGCAAGGCCGCCCUGAUCACCAAUCUCUGGACAAAAUACACUUUUAUCGCUAUUCCCGGCUCCAUGGCCAUCUGGCUGAUCUUCCUUCCGGCUUACGGUUUCGCAGCUCCCGCCGUUGGAUUCUCGACUGAAUACUAUGGUACGAUUCCCGUGCUGUUCAAAACACCCGUCUUCUAUUUGAUGGCUCUCGUUCUGCCCUGUAUCUGCUUGAUGCGUGAUUACGCCUGGAAGUACGCCAAGCGCAUGUAUUACCCCCAGCAUUACCACCACGUUCAAGAGAUCCAGAAAUACAACGUGCAGGAUUACCGUCCUCGCAUGGAGCAAUUCCAGAAAGCCAUCCGCAAGGUCCGACAGGUCCAGCGUAUGCGCAAACAGCGCGGUUAUGCUUUCUCGCAAGCCGAUGACGGCGGCCAAAUGCGCGUCUUGAACGCCUACGAUACUACCCAGGGUCGUGGCCGCUAUGGUGAAAUGGCCAGUUCUAGGACCCGGGCGUUAUGA